UCGUAACCUGUCGGAAAAUUAAACAUUUUCAAAAAAACAAGAUGGCGGCGGCGACUUUUUGUUUGCGCAAAGGAUCUUUCAAGCUGUUUUCAAGCGUGUCUUGGAGUUCGUUUAGGGAAAUGCCUUUAGAGGCACGCUUGACUGUACGUUUAAAUGAUAUGGGAAUAGAAAAUCUCACUGAAAUUCAGCAAAAGUCCUUGGGUCCGAUUUUGAAAGGCGACAACGUAAUCAUAAAUUCUGAGACUGGAAGUGGAAAGACGUUGUGUUAUUUGGUUCCGGUGAUAGACAAAAUAUUGAAAUUUCAAAGAAAAUUUUCAAGCCCCUAUUCUGUGGUCCUUGUCCCAAAUAUGGAUCUUGGAAACCAGGUAAUUGAAUUUGCCAACAGGCUGUUUGAUCCAGGUUUGUUCGCUCAGCCUAUUCAUCGCGACUCUCAACUCCGUGUUAGUCCCAAAUAUCCAUUAAUCGUGAGUACGCCUCAGGCUUUGAUGCAAUACAACGUGAAAUCCCUGUCCUCAAUACAAACUAUAAUCAUCGACGAAGCAGAUUUGGUCAUAUCAAGUGACGGGAAGAGGUUUUGGAAGCUUUUGCAAUCGUUUCAAGACCAGAUGAAAAUAGCAAAAAAUGGUCCCCAUUUUGAGGAGGUUUUCAGCUCCAACUUAACGGAAAUAAACCAGUUUGGCGGAGACAAACGGAGUAUACAAUUCGUCUUUGCUGCGGCAACGCUUCCACAACGUGGAGAGCAAAGUGUUUUCCGCAAAAUUUUAAAUCAAUUUCCAGAUAUAAAUCACAUAACGUCAACCAAAACGCACCAAUAUGUACCAGGUUUGACAUGCGUGGAUGUUUUCCUGAAGGAUGAAGAGAAGUUGCCACAACUAUUAAAGUGCUUGAAUAUUUUGAACGGCGUUUUACCGUCGGAAAACAUCGAGAAUCUGCAAGACUUUGAGAGCCGUUCGAAAUUUACAGAACUUCCGACGCCAAGCAAAACCGGAGCUAAGGUCUUGGUGUUUGCAAAUUCUGUUGAAAUGGCGAAUAGAAUUUAUGAGUUUUUAAACAGGCAAGAAGGGGAGACAUACAAGUUCUUGGAUAGAACAUGCAAAGAUGUAAGCGAAGAGGCUUUUCAUGAUUCUGUUAUUCUACAUCAAAUCUACAAAGAUAAAAUAAAGACCAUUCUUUCUAAUAAAGGAGAAUUUAUCACAAAAACUGGUCCGACUAACUCCUGGCAAAAUCAAGUUGGUAUUUUGCACAAGCAGAUGUCGAGAAGUGAGCGGCAGGAGGUUUUAGAACAGUUUGCUUGCAAUGAGAUUCCGCUGCUUGUGAGCACGGAUUUAGCUUCGAGGGGAUUGGAUAUUAGCGAUAUAAGCCACGUGAUACAAGCUGAUUAUGCCCGAAAUGCCGCUGACACGUUGCAUCGCGCCGGUAGGACUGCCCGGGCUGGCAACUCGGGGACUGUCAUCAACUUUAUAACCGAUCAGGACAAGGAUCUUUGGAGAGCGAUGAAAAUAGCUGAUGAGAGAACUGAGGUCGAGGGACUUCAACAUAUUUUUAGUAGAAAACGACAAUUUAGUCGACGAAUAAAGAAAAGAAUAGGACUUAUUAGUCGAUAAUCAUCGUCGUGUGUUGACUGACGAUGUUGUUGUUUUCGACAAUAAUAAGUAUCACCGAUAAUGCCAAUUAUAAUCAACGAUAAUGCCAAUUAUAAUCAACGAUAAUCCAAGACUAGAAGUCCAUUUCAUUUAUAAAUGUAAUAAGCAUACUCAACUUAAUUUCAUAUCUUUUUUUAAUGACUAUUAAUCUCCUCUACUUCAAAUCAAUUUCAUU